AUGGACGCGGAUCUGGAUCAAGCCGAGCAGACAACACAGCCCGUUGAUGAGCGGGAGUUGAACACAGCGCCGAGCGCUGAGGGUGACCAUGCGCUGAGCGAGAUGCUUGCGAUUGCGCUGCCUUCGGUCGCGACGAUGGCGUCGUACACCGUGAUGCAGUUUGUCGACAAGCUCAUGGUCAAGGAGAUCGGUCCAGAGCCCGUCUAUGUAUCAGCGCAGUCCAACGGCGGGAUGAUGGCGUGGAUGAUGAUGUCGUUCGUGCUUGGGAUGACGGGAGUGAUCAACUCGUUCGUCUCCCAGAAUCUCGGCGCGGAUAAACCAGAACGCGGCGCGGCGUACGCGUGGAACGGACUCUGGGUCGGCGCGGUCUACUGGGCGCUGAUCUUGGUUCCAGCGGCGUUCGUCGUGCCGGGUUUGUUCUCGCGCAUCCACAGCGGCGAGACGAUGCUCAUCGAGCUCGAAUCCAACUACGCGACGAUCAUGCUGUUUGGUGGUCUGGGAACGAUCAUCAGUCGAUGCGUGCAUCACUACUUCUAUGGGAUGCAUCGUCCAAAGGUCGUUCUCGUGAGCGCCUUGUGUGGCAACGCAACGAACAUCUUCCUCAACUAUGUCCUCAUCUUCGGGAACCUUGGAGCUCCGAAGCUCGGACUCACCGGCGCCGGAGUCGCGACGGUCAUCGGUGGAUUCGUCGAGUUUCUGAUCCCGAUGGCGCUGUUCCUGAGUCCACGCUACGCGAUUCAGUACGGCACGCGCAAAGCGUGGCGGCUGAGUGUCGUGUGCAUCAAGGGCUUGUUCAAAGUCGGAUUCGCGCCGGGACUCAUGUUCGUCAACGAGAUGGCGUGCUGGGCAGCGCUCAUGGCGUGGCUCGUCCCGAUGGGUGGCGAAGCGAUCGGUGACGAUCCGGUCUGGCACAACACGACGGGAUGGAUCGCGCUGCAGUACAUGCACCUGAGUUUCAUGCCUGCGGUAGGUCUGUCGAUCGCGACGCAAGCGAUGGUUGGGAAGGCGAUGGGGAUGAAGCGUCCCGAUAUUGCUCUUGAGCGGACGAAGCUGGCGCUCAAGAUCACAAUGGGGUACAUGGCGCUGUGCGCCUUGGUAUUUGUCGUGUUCCGCGGACCACUCAUUGGGUUCUUUAUCAACAGCGACACACCACCUGAACUUCGUGAGAAGCUCAUCGCGAUCGGUUCGUCUGUGAUGAUCGCGGCGGCGGUGUUCCAGAUCUUCGAUGCAAUGGCGAUCACGACCUCCGCUGCAUUGCGUGGCGCUGGAGAUACCAUUUGGCCGGGCGUCGCGACGAUCGUGCUGUCGUGGGUCUGUAUCCCAGGCGUUGGUCUGGCGCUGAUCCACUGGAUGCCUCAGCUCGGAUCGAUGGGUCCCUGGAUUGGUGCAUCGUUGUACAUCAUCGCGCUGGGGAUCGCACUGAGUAUUCGAUUCCUCGGCGGGAAGUGGAAGACGAUGUCGCUUGUGGAAGCGGAUCAGGAGCCGGAUCUGGAUCCGUUUGACGAUGUGCUUCCCGAUCCGACCCUGACAAGAGAACACAUGACCAACGAUCCCAUGGACAUGGUGGUCGGGGCUUCGGCCGCCGCCGCUGACGCACAGAACGCUAAAGACCUGUAUACACAAGCGUUGACCCAACUCAACGAUGGUUACCGAAGCGAGGGCAUCGAGUCCCUGCGCUCGGCGCUUGCCGCGGAUCCAGGGAAUCUGGAUGUUGCGUUCAAGCUCGCGUACCAGCUCGAUCUGCAAGGCGAUGAAGAAGAAGCACUCUCGCUCUACGAGCGUGUGUGCGAGCACGCGCCGGCACCGAUCAACGCGCUCAUGAACCUCGCGGUCCUCUACGAGGAUCAGGGUGAUUAUGUGCGUGCGGAGCGCUGCUUGCGUCAGAUCUUGGACACGAAUCCGAACCACGCUCGUGCGCGUCUGUUCAUGACCGAUGUUCUUGCCUCCAAGGGCAUGAUGGUCGAAGAAGAGAACGAGCGGGACAUCAUGAAGCGUCGUGCGCUGCUUGAUACUCCUGUGACGGACUUCGAGCUCACUGUUCGUGCUCGUACAUGUCUCAAGAAGAUGAACAUCCGUACGCUCGGCGAUCUGAUCCGUAUCAACGAAUCGGAACUCAUGAGCUACAAGAACUUCGGAGAGUCCUCGCUCGACGAGAUCAAGCGGAUGCUCGCGGUCAAGGGUCUCAAACUUGGUCAGGGUCACGAGGACGCGCACCGCGUUGCUCGCCGUCAGAUCCUCGAGAAGCUCAAGGGAUCAGGCAAAGAGCAGUUGCUCUCCAAGCCUGUUUCUGAGCUCCAGCUCACUGUGCGUGCUCGCAAGGCGCUCCAGAUGCUCAAUAUCCAGAGCAUCGGGGACCUCUGCUCGCACACCGAAGCAGAGCUCAUGGGAGUCAAGAACUUUGGUUCGACCUCGCUCGUCGAGAUCCACGAGAAGCUGACCAACUUCGGUUUGUCGCUUCGUGUGAUCGAUGACAACGAGUAA